AUGGCCGAUACAGAGGAGCAGAUAGCCGUCGGGUCGGCGGAUGCACCCGCACCUGCACCUGCUACCGAGCAGUCAGAGAUCCAGCAGGACGACGACAGCGGCAACAACAACAUGGCCGUCGCGACAACAAGCAACAGCAAUGAGGUGGCAGCCCCGACAGGCAAGAAGAUUAAAAAGGUUAUCCGCAAGAAGAAGCGCCCGGCGCGCGUGCAGAUGGAUCCGGACGAAAUCAGCUCGGAACCGCCUCCUCAGACGGGAACGAUCUUCAACAUCUGGUACAACAAGUGGUCCGGCGGCGACCGCGAGGACAAAUACCUGUCCAAGACGCACGCUAAGGGCCGCUGCAAUAUUGCCCUGGACAGCGGCUAUACCAAGGCCGACCAGGUACCGGGCUCGUACUUCUGCGUGCACUUUGCGCGCGGGAUAUGCGUCAAGGGCCAGGACUGCGACUAUCUGCACCGCCUCCCCGGGACCUUUGACCUCUUCAGCCCCAAUGUCGACUGCUUCGGGCGUGACAAGUUCUCCGACUACCGCGACGACAUGGGCGGCGUGGGAAGCUUCAUGCGACAGAACAGGACAAUCUAUGUUGGCCGGAUACACGUCACCGACGACAUUGAGGAGACUGUCGCCCGUCACUUUGCCGAGUGGGGGCCAGUCGAGCGUGUCCGCGUCCUCAACAACCGAGGCGUCGCCUUCAUCACAUACACCAACGAGGCCAACGCCCAGUUCGCCCGCGAAGCCAUGUCCCACCAGUCAUUAGACCACGACGAGGUGCUCAACGUCCGCUGGGCCACGGCCGACCCCAACCCCAUGGCACAAGCCCGCGAGGCCCGCAAGGUCGAGGAGCAGGCUGCCGAGGCCAUCCGCCGAGCCCUCCCCGCCGAGUUCAUCGCCGAGCUGGAGGGUAAGGACCCCGAGGCCCGCAAGAGGAGGAAGAUGGAGAGCAGCUACGGCCUCGAGGGCUACGAGGCCCCCGAUGAUAUACACUACUCCCGCGGCGCGAAUGCUGUCAAUCCUGUUGGUCGACGGGGAUUUGAGGUCGAGUACCAGCAAUCAGCUAUGAUUGAGAACGGACAGGCAUCAGAGGAGGUACCAGGGAGAGAUGGGCAGGCACCAGCGCAGCAAGGGUCGGUUGGCGGUGGCGGCAUCUUCUCAAGCAGCACCCUCGCAGCACUGAGCAAGUCGAGGGUGACGGUAGCAUCGAAACAAAAGACUGCGGCUGCAGCAGGUCCCCUUGUAGCAUAUGACAGCGACGAUGACGACGAAUAG